UUCACUACUUUGAGCUUGAGAUCUUAUUGUAAACAAUAGUGAUGGCACACAACACUAAGGUGCCUAAUUCUUCAUCUACAAAAUUACAACAUGAUGAAAUUAAAGACAACAAAUCCAACCAAAAAGUUCCAUUCUACAUGCUCUUCACCUUUGCCGAUCGUAUUGAUGUAACAUUGAUGAUCAUUGGCAUUAUCUCUGCCGUGGCUAAUGGAUUAACACAACCUUUCAUCACACUCAUUUUUGGAAAACUCAUCAACACUUUUGGCUCCACCGUUCCAUCACACAUUGUCAAACAAGUUUCUAAGGUAUCUUUGUUGUAUGUUUACCUAGCUAUUGGGUCAGGAAUAGCAUCAUUUCUACAGGUGUCAUGUUGGGUGGUGACAGGAGAGAGACAAGCUGCGAGGAUUCGUAGCUUGUACUUGAAAACCAUAUUAAAGCAAGAUAUUGCAUUCUUUGACACUGAAACAAACACAGGAGAGGUGAUUGGUAGAAUGUCUGGUGACACAAUUCUCAUUAGAGAUGCAAUGGGAGAAAAGGUCGGGAAGUUUGUUCAACUUGCUUCAACUUUUUUGGGUGGAUUUGUGAUUGCAUUUAUAAAAGGAUGGCGACUAGCUGUAGUUUUACUUGCAUGUAUACCUUGUGUUGUCAUUGCUGGUGGUUUCAUUUUCCUGUUGGCUGCUAAAAUGUCCAGUCGUGGACAAGCUGCUUAUGCAGAAGCAGGAAAUGUUGUUGAUCAAACAGUCGUAGGGAUUAGAACGGUUGCAUCUUUUACUGGGGAGAAAAAAGCCAUAGAGAAUUAUAAUAGCAAGUUAAAAGUUGCUUACAAGACAAUGGUUCAACAAGGGAUCAUCUCUGGGUUAGGUGUGGGAAUUCUUCUCUUGAUUGUCUUCUGCACUUAUGGCCUUGCCAUGUGGUAUGGUUCCAAACUAGUUGUUGAGAGAGGAUACAAUGGUGGAACAAUCAUAACUGUUAUCAUAGCUCUUAUGACUGGUGGAAUAUCAUUGGGUCAGACAUCUCCAAGUGUAAAUGCAUUUGCUGCAGGCCAAGCAGCAGCAUAUAAAAUGUUUGAGACAAUUAAAAGAAAGCCUAAAAUUGAUGCAUAUGAAACAAGUGGUGUUGUCUUGGAAGACAUAAAGGGAGAUAUUGAACUUAAAGACGUUCACUUUAGAUACCCUGCAAGGCCAGAUGUGCAGAUCUUUGCUGGAUUCUCAAUGUUUGUUCCAAGUGGUACAACUACUGCUUUGGUGGGUCAAAGUGGAAGUGGAAAGUCAACUGUAAUCAAUUUAUUGGAAAGAUUCUAUGAUCCUGAUGCUGGAGAAGUACUUAUAGAUGGCGUGAACAUGAAGAAUUUUCAAGUUAGAUGGAUAAGAGAACAGAUUGGACUUGUUGGUCAAGAACCUGUCUUGUUUACAACUACUAUCAGAGAGAACAUAGCAUAUGGGAAAGAAGGGGCAACUGAUGAGGAGAUAACAACUGCAAUAACACUUGCCAAUGCCAAAAAGUUCAUUGACAAGUUGCCUCAGGGUCUGGACACAAUGACAGGGCAUAAUGGGACUCAACUUUCUGGUGGCCAAAAGCAAAGAAUUGCAAUUGCAAGAGCAAUACUGAAGAACCCAAGAAUCCUUCUUCUUGAUGAAGCAACAAGUGCAUUGGAUGCUGAGUCUGAACGCGUUGUUCAAGAAGCAUUAGAAAAAAUUAUGUUAAAAAGGACUACUAUUGUUGUUGCGCAUCGUUUGACAACUAUCAGAAAUGCUGACACAAUAGCAGUGGUUCAUCAAGGAAAAAUUGUGGAGAGAGGAACUCAUAACGAGUUAACCAUGGAUGCUAAUGGUGCUUAUUCUCAACUUAUUCGUCUUCAAGAAGGAGAAAAAGAAGCUGAAGGUAGCAGAAAUAUAGAUAGUCACAAUUUAAAUAUAGAUAGUCACAUGGCUGGAUCUUCCACUCAGAGAACUUCCUUUGUGAGAUCAAUAAGCCAAACUUCAUCGGCAAGUCUUAGGCAUUCCCAAUCACUUCGAGGCUUGUCUGCAGAAAUAGAAUUAACAGAUAUUAAACAAGGCCAACUUGAUAACAAGAGAAAACCCAAUAGGGUAUCUAUAAUGCGUUUAGCCAAGUUGAACAAGCCUGAGGUUCCUGUCAUGCUGCUUGGAACCAUUGCUGCAAUAAUAAACGGCGUCCUGUUCCCGAUGUUCGGCCUCUUGUUUUCAUCAGCCAUUAGUGUGUUUUACAAACCUCCAGAACAGCAGAGGAAAGAGUCCAGGUUCUGGUCACUUUUAUAUGUAGGUUUGGGUUUGGUUAGUCUAGUGGUUUUACCACUGCAGAAUUACUUAUUUGGGAUUGCUGGUGGAAAACUUAUAGAAAGAAUUCGUUCGUUGACAUUUGAAAAAAUUGUGCACCAAGAAAUUAGCUGGUUUGAUGAACCUGCAAAUUCAAGUGGUGCAGUUGGUGCAAGAUUAUCUACCGACGCUUCAACUGUGAAAGGUCUUGUUGGUGACACCUUGGCCCUAAUUGUGCAGAACAUAUCAACGCUCACAACUGGUCUAGUUAUAGCGUUCACUGCUAAUUGGAUUCUUGCUUUUGUAGUUUUGAUUGUGUCACCUAUGGUCCUUAUUCAAGGUUUACUUCAGAUGAAGUUUCUUAAAGGAUUCAGUGCAGAUGCCAAGGUGAUGUAUGAAGAGGCAAGUCAGGUGGCAAGUGAUGCUGUUAGCAGCAUCAGAACUGUUGCAUCAUUUUGUGCAGAACCAAAGGUGAUGGACAUGUAUAGGAAAAAGUGUUUAGGACCACAGAAUCACGGUGUUCGCUUGGGGCUUGUUAGUGGUGUAGGAUUUGGUUUCUCUUUUUUAGCUCUAUAUUGCACAAAUGCUUUCACUUUCUACAUAGGAUCUGUUUUAGUGCAACACGGGAAAGCAACUUUUCCAGAGGUUUUAAGGGUUUUCUUUUGUUUAACAAUGACAGCAAUGGCCGUUUCCCAGUCUAGUGCAUUGGCACCAGACACUAACAAGGCCAAAGAUUCUACAGCUUCAAUAUUUGAAAUUCUUGACAGUGACCCUACUAUUGACUCCAGUAGCAAUGAGGGUGUAACAUUAGAAACAGUUACAGGUGAUAUUGAACUUCAACAUGUCAACUUUAAUUACCCAACAAGGCCUCACAUUCAAAUUUUCAAAGAUUUAAGCAUAAGCAUCCCAUCUGCAAAGGUACUAUUUUGGUUGUACGAAUCAACUGUUGCAUUAGUCGGAGAAAGUGGCAGUGGAAAAUCAACAGUUAUAAACCUGUUAGAGAGAUUUUAUGACCCUGAUUUUGGACAUGUAUUAUUAGAUGGAGUGGAUAUUAAAAAGUUAAGACUAAGCUGGCUGAGGCAACAAAUGGGUUUGGUUGGUCAAGAGCCUAUUCUUUUCAACGAAAGCAUUCGUGCCAACAUAGCUUAUGGCAAAGAAGGAGGUGCUUCAGAGGAUGAAAUCAUUGCAGCAGCCCAAGCAGCCAAUGCACACAGCUUCAUAAGUUCUCUUCCAAAUGGUUAUGAAACAUCUGUUGGAGAAAGAGGCACACAACUAUCCGGAGGACAAAAGCAGCGUAUAGCUAUUGCAAGAGCCUUGCUGAAAAAUCCAAAAAUACUUUUGCUUGAUGAGGCAACAAGUGCACUUGAUGCUGAGUCGGAGCGUAUAGUUCAAGAGGCACUAGAUAGAGUGAGUGUGAACAGAACAACUGUGGUGGUGGCUCAUCGUCUUACGACAAUUCGAGGGGCUGAUACUAUAGCAGUAAUUAAAAAUGGUGUGGUUGCUGAAAAGGGAAGACAUGAUGUGUUGGUGAAGAUUACUGAUGGGAUUUAUGCUUCAUUAGUAGCUCUUCAUUCAAGUGCAUCCUAAGAUUUUUCUUCUUCUUCUUCUUCUUCUCUGUUGUUGAUCUUGUAAAUUUUCAUUAAUUAGUUCUUAUUUGCUAGUUUCUUGUUACUUUUCCCUACUGAAUUUGUUAAUAGAUUUUGUGGUUAAGCAAAAGGGUUUGUUUGACACACAUUGCAUGAUGAGAUGAAUGGGAAUUGGUUAAACUGAUUUUGUUGUUUC